GGCGCUGCGGGCGCUGGCUGCAGAUGUCGGACCCGCGGGCGGCUGAGGGGCCGGGCAUCUGGAGCCCCGCAGCCCGCCGAGGGCCGGCGCACGGCCUCGGGGACGGCCCGGGAGUGGAGGGGAGCCAGGCGGCCGCCUCAGAGAAUGAAGAUCUAGAAAACACCAAGGUCACCUCUCUAGCAGCUUCUGCUUCUGACCCAGAGCUCCAUUCCUCACCCUACAGGUCACAGAUGGUGUCUCCAGUGACAGAGGAUGCCACAGAAGAUAAGCGGAAGGCAGCCGGUGCCGAGGAGGCUCAGGCCUCGGUGGAACAGGAAUUGCUGUCUGCAGACCAGACCCAGAUCCUCAGCAAGAUGGCCAAGUACCACGGCCCACAAAGGUCUGGGGACAUUGUGAUGAUCCAGUCUGAGCACACAGGAGCUGUUGAUAUUCUGUCAGCUGAUUUGGAAUCUGCAGACCUGCUGGGGGACCAUAGAAGAGUCUCCCCGCCUCUGAUGGCUCCUCCGUGCAUCUGGACCUUUGCCAAGAUGAAGGAAUUCAAGAGCAAGCUGGGAAAGGAGAAGAACAGCCGUCUGGUGGUGAAGCGGGGGGAGGUGGUGACCAUCCGGGUGCCAACCCACCCAGAGGGGAAGCGUGUCUGCUGGGAGUUUGCGACCGACGACUAUGACAUUGGCUUUGGAGUUUACUUUGACUGGACCCCGGUAACCAGCACCGACAUAACGGUGCAAGUCAGUGAUUCCAGUGAGGACGAGGACGAAGACGAGGAAGAAGACGAGGAGCUCGAAGACCCCGUCCCAGCUGGAGAUGUGGAGCGAGGCUCCAGGAGCUCCCUGCGGGGCCGCUACGGGGAGGUCAUGCCCGUGUACCGCCGGGACAGCCACCGAGACGUGCAGGCCGGCAGCCACGACUACCCCGGCGAGGGCAUCUACCUGCUGAAGUUCGACAACUCCUACUCCCUGCUGCGCAACAAGACUCUCUACUUCCACGUCUACUACACGAGCUGAAGGCCCGCCGGGACGGGACGCGGGUGGCGUGUGCCGGCUGGAGCAGGCUGCCAGCUGGGGCCUCUUGUCCUGGAUAGGCAAGGGCUCCAAGCUGAGCGUGGGGCACCCGACCCUCACGCCCUGCCUGGCGGGCCUGACUGUUGACCCCAUCCAUGUAGCUUUGCCCCGUCCUUGGCUUCCGCAGAUGGUGGUGUGGUACCCCUGCUCUGUGGUCCCUGACUCACGCUCUUGUUGCUUCCGACUCCAGCAAAAUCUCUCUGCGGAGGACACCCAUCAGGCCAAAAGCCUAAGAGGAAGUUGGGUGUUGCCUUUUCAAAAUAGGUUUGUUUUGGUUCCAGGUGUAUGCUUUCAACUGCUGCGCUCUCCUCUUCCAGAGCCUUCACGCAGGCGAGUUUAGUGGCCACCCACUCUCUCCACUUUCCGGAAGGACUGAAAGAGGGAACAGCACACUGUCCGUGAAGGAGCCCAGUCUUGGGGACGCGGAAAGCUCUGGCCAGCCUCUCACCACUGCCGUAUUCCCGCCUGCCGGUUCUUCCCGUUCUCGAGCACGGGCUGGGAGCCCUCACUGCCUCUGGAGGCGUGGUGAUUUCACCCUGCCUCUCUCCUUCUCUCCUCUUUUCCCCUAUCUAAGUCUGUGUCCCUGCCAUCACAGCAAGAACUUCCAUGCAGUCCAAAGUGAUGAUCCCUGUAGUCUAAGCUCUUCUGGGAAGCAAAACUGCCUCCAUCACUUCCUAUUUCAAGAGGCGGUGUCCCUUUCCAAGGGUCCUGGGGGUGGAAGGGGGAAAGGGUAGAAAUUAGGUACUGGAUUGAUCUCAGAUGCCAUAUCUCCGGAAGUCAAGUGUUGCUAAAUGAUUUUAAUGUAUAAUCAAAGAAGGAGGGGGAGAUCAUCUGAGAGAAGAGGUUAAAAAACAAAACAACACUCCAGAUUCCCUACUGCUUUUUUUUUCUUUUCAGUCUUUAGAAAAGGGGUGAUAUUUAGAAAUUUUGCUUUGGGACCAGUCAGUUUUCCUAAGUUUCUAGAUGUCUAGGUUGCUUGUAUUCAGGGCUGCAGGCUUUUGGUGCUCAAAGUCUCGAAGAGGAGGUGGUCAUGAAGCUUCACUGCUGCUGCUGGUCGGCUUUGUUCCUUUACCAGGCUGAAGCCUGUACGUUCCCUGGGGACGGCCUUUUCCACGCCAUGAAGCUUGCAUGCUGUGGGGAGCUGCCUCCAGUGUCCCCAAAGGCACGUGGUAGCCCAGCCCCCUCCCCAUGGCCUAGGAGGAGGCAGAGCGGGGGCCACUGCGACCGUCUGUACCUCCUCCUCGCUCAUUCUUUGCUUCAAGCCUGUUACUACUGCCUUAGAAUUCCGAGGAAGAAUUAGAUUUAUUUAUUACUUUUAUUUAUUGUUAAAGCCACAUUUCAUUUCACCUUUGAAACAGUUCCUGUUUCUCAGAAGGCUUUCACCUGCUCUGAGCCACCGAGGCCCCGUCUCCUGUGGAGUCUAAGAUGCAGAUUUCGGGCGAAGUUGGGGAGGGCUGACGUUCCACUCCCGUGGGGUCAGUCCCUGUGAGGCUCUGGGAGGGGCAUGACCCUCCUGAGAUGGACGGAUGACGCCCCCCCCGCCCACCCAGCCUGCUGCCCCCAGCACUCCCUGCGAGGAGCUCUAGGUUGUGAGGGAAUCUGCCCGUUUGCCCAGGAUUGAAUGAGUGUAGAGGACUUGACCAGCCAACCAGAGGCAUCCCGUGAUGCCAGGACUGCCAAGUCCUCCACCUGCUCCUCCACUCUGAGGAGUCAGCUGCGUCACGAUGCUUCCUUUGGCUCCUUCCUUCCCUGUGUGGGAGCCUCACACCACGCCUCCCCUCUGCACAGAAGCAGAAACUCAGCGACCAGGGCUCCUCACGACAGGUCCGUGGCGGCACCUGUGUCACGAACAAAGGGCGCUGGAGCCACACCUUCUGCUCCUCUGGGAGCACAGCCCCAGGUGGGAGAGGAUGCCAGGGACUGCUGUAGCAUCCCUCCUCCUCCAAGCGGCCUCAUACCUCCAUUACUUUACAUCUGAGUGCAUUCUGUAGAGGGUUAUACACUGGCCCACAUCUCCAUGCCCUGUAAGAAGUUAGGAACUAUUCUAGCGACUGCCUGUUGGGGCACUGAAAGCAAACUCGUGCGGUCAUCCCAUCAGGUAGCUGUGUGAUCAUCACUGAAAUUGAAUCAUGCCUUAGCUAAGUGAGUAGAAUAUUUAUAAAAUAAUUUUCUACCGAGCUCUUCUCCAGUCAGCUAAAGCCUGGCUUAUUUUUCCUGUUUAUUGUCAACUUCUGACUUUCUCUUAAGACGGAGCUGUCGGGUCAUAGGAGGCUCCCUGGGAUGACACUUCCUGUUGUUGAUUUUUGCCACGAGAGUCUCUGUAUCCUUCUUUUCUUUAGAAUCCUAGUUCUGUUGCAUCAGGGAAGCCUGAGGGACUUGUUCCCAUAGCCUCAGUGUGCCUCUUAUUGUCUGGUCACUUUUGAAGUCCUGGACAUUGUUAUAUUUCAUUCUGUACCGGUGUUUCAUUAACAGUCAGUGCUUCUUUGAUCCAUUCACACACAGACACAAAAAUAGCUAAAAAAAAGAUAUUUUCACCAUCUAAUGAAUUUACUAUCCCAUAUUAAGUCAUCUGAAAUUAUUGAACUUUAGGGACACAAUAUUACUUGUAAAAUGCAUGUAAUUACUGAGAAUUUCAAGGUCUGGCAAAUCCUAAGAGGUAGUCACUUCCUUAGUCUCUCUCUGUCUCAGUUUACAGAACCAAACAAUGAAGUGAAAAUUACUUGCUUUCACCUUCACCCUGUUCUUUAGAGCAUAAAUAUUAACGUACAAUGGAAAGAAAGUACUUCACAGUAGGAGACACUGGAAUUCUCUCCACAAGGUGGCCAAGUUCUUAAGUUUCUUUGGUUUAUUUAGUUUUGUUACUUUGUUGAGAGAUGGAUCUUUUAGAAAGUUUAGGGUAUUAAUUUUUCUCAACAUUUUAUUUUGAAAAAUUCUCAGCAAACAACAUUUAAAAGAAGUAUAGUAUAAGCACCCUUAUGUAUAUCCAUCACAUAGAUUUUAAAAUUAUAAACUGCUAACUUUUAAACAAAGAUGAUUCUGCCAUUCUGUUCCUUUUGACAGGUGUCCAAUAGAGUAUUCCCUUCACAGACAUCAGGUCUCCAGUGUCAGAGAGCUCCUGGUUUUUAGCAGACUCACCUCAUUCAGUGCCAGUUAGCCGGGGAGGUGAUCCUCAUAAAAAUGUUUCCUGUUCUCCAUCUUUCAGAACUCAUGCUGUAUUUCCCCUUUCCCUUAGGCUCUAAAAGCUAAUGUUUUCUUCUCUUUCUGUCAUGUCAGAGUGAAGUUAAUUGUGAAACUGCUUUCCUUGGAAGGACUUUUUUCUGAUCUCUGUUGCUUUCCAACAUAUCCUCAGGACUGAAAUUACACUUGGAUCCUCAGACAUAAUGUAGCUUUAAAAUGGAAGUAGGCAGUAACUUGAAAUUAGGCCAUUCUUAGUUUUGUUUUUUUUCUCAAUUGAUUCAUGCACUUUAAAAAUAUUUUUUAUCUGUUAUUUAGGAAAAAAAAUCUUAUACUUUUAAAAAGUAUAUAUUGUCCCUUAUAAUAUAUAUAUGGAAGAGUUUUAACUGAAAGCUUCCUGAAAGCUCACUAUCUUAAUCAGUGGGUUUAGAUAUUAUUGUAAAACAUCAUCUAUAGAAAGUACCUGUAUGUUUUUGAUGAGCCCUAUCCAGUCCCUCUUUGAAAGAAAUUAGGUGAAACCCAAACCCAAAGUAUUUUUAUGUUUAUUUUAAGAUCUCUUUUCUGCAGAAGGUUGCCUUUUAACCCCAAAGUAUAAGGUUCUAAGGUACAGAGCUGAGUGACCCCUAACAUUUACACAAAAGGCUGUUGUUUUAGAUGAAGGGAUAGGAGUGAAAAGGUUUGUGCAGCUUGAGAAGUGCGUUUUUUUUUUUUAAACAUUGACAGUAAGGAGUGAAAACGAGAGAAAGAGAAAAGCUAUCAAAUGUAUCCCAGAAUCUUGCUCAUAAUUCUGAUUCUGUGUAGUUCUUUAGUUUGCAUUUCAUCCAUUGGAAUUUGUCUUUCGGCCAGAAACCUCACUGGUUCUCACUGUGCUUGUUGGAGACAUCCCAAACUCACUUUGCUUUCUUUUCCAACAAGAUCGGCUUUAGAAAUAUUUUUGAGUAGGUCUCCUCUGCUAAGGGUAACCCUGACCUGAGGAUUGAUUUCACCUCUAUACCCUGUGGGACUUGUGGGUCCAGCGCCAUGGAAAAAGAUGGUGAUUUUAGAAAGGCUAGAAGGAGUUCCUGCUAUGUCCCUGUAGCCUCAAUUGGUUUUGACUAUGGCCGAAAAGGGAUGAAACAGAUUCAUUUUGACCAACAUCCCGGAAUAGCCUCAAGCCACAAAACUUUUUGUGAAUGAGCUGUGUCCUCUGUAGGCUGACCUCCCUCUGAGGUGUAGGAAUCUCAUUCCUUCUGUUUGGGCCAGUCAUACACACAGUCAGUGGGACCAACAGACAGACACAAUUUGGUCUUCCUUUUAGAGCCUCUAUUUAGAAUCUCUCCUGGGUCGAAAAAGUUCACACCAAACUCUUUAGUCUCUUUCCACCUAGCCAAAAGCGUAGACCUUUUGGAAGCCUGAAUUUGCUAGAAGCGGAAAGGGCACCAACCCUAUAGACUCUCAGUGGUCGAAAAGAGUUGGAAAGUGAGUUUCUGUAUGAAGGAAGGUGGUCUCAUUUUUUGUGGUGAGGGGUAGCUUGUUAAGGGAUUCAUGCUCUUUAGAGAGCAGGUCCUUGUAUUAAUUGUAUCUGAUUGUGCUCACGGAGCCAUGAUGCAUGAUUCUUUGGGGAGUAAGUAGGGGAUGGGUGUUUAAAACUAGUCACAAGUUGGGUGCUUCCCAGCAACCCAGUAUAUGGUGAGUGUCCCUAUGACCAAAGCCCCAGUUUUCAUGCACAUGGGAUCCUGUCCCUAGGCCCUCAUUUCCAGACAACUGAGAGACACAGAGAGGGGCUAGACCCCCUCCGCUUCUCUUACUUAUGGUAGUGUUUUGCAAUUGGCAGCAUGACAUCCGAGUUUACAUAAUUAACUAGAAUUAGAUAAUAGUGUGAGCUGAGUAGAUAAGCUGUCAACCUUGGUUGGAAGUAGGGCUGGGGAGGGCGUAUGACUUGGAGCCCCACAUUGGGGUAGCUGGGCGGGUGACUCCUGUGUGACUGUGCAGUUGGAACUCUCGUUAACCUCGCCACGUGAGUGAAGAGGAUGUGACGAUGCUAUGCUGAUGAGGACGACACACUAAUUGAGUUGGCUGGGAAACAGAGCAAGGCCUCCAUCUACGGGCACUAGACCCUGUCACCAGCUGUGCGUGCGAUCUCAGUGUGAGGCGGCAGCUCUGCAGGUUCUGAGUCUGGCUUCAGGGCCCACUAAGGGGCAGUCUAAUGUGGGCAUGACUCUGGCCUUCCUCAAAGGAGAACCUCCUGAGAGUCGGUUCCCAGCGGCCUCUUUUCUGGGAAUGGGCAGCGGCACCCUGGCAAGAGCUGCUUUGGUUCUUUUGGUACCUGGUUACCCAUUACCUGGUUAUGGUCAGUGUCACCCACUUGCUCUGUCCAGCCAGUCCAGCGCCUGUGGGCACACCUUUGACAUCUACCCAGUUAUUUAGGUAGUGAGGUUAGGCAGGAUCUGGGACCCAAAGGGAGAGAGAAACUUUGCUAAGUAUUGCCAGAUUUCAGAAGUCACCACUGCCUCUGGGGUGCUGCACUGUCCCUCCUGAACCAAGAAGGCCAGACAGAGCCCAUCCUAUCUUAAGUCUCCUCACCAAUCUAAGAAAACGCAAUUAAUUGCCUAAAGCUUUGUUAGUGGGGGUUUAUUUACAAACAGCAGUGUCCUCAGAAACUAAGUCCAAAGGCACAAGACUCUGGCUUUGAAAUGAUCUGUAGUCCCGGUCACUGGUUUGAACUCACAAUCUGAUUUCUUUCAGUCCCCCAGAUAUAAUUUCAUGGCUCAACCAGAGUUGAUUUCAUGGCUCUUUUUCACUCUUAAAGAGAUGAGGAAAAUGUAUUCCAGAAAUCUAGAGAUACAGGCUUUUGAAAAAUUAAAUUCCAUAGUUUUCUAUCAUUUUUAAGCAGAUAGUUUUGACUCAUCUGGGACCCAAAGGGUGAGAGAAACUUUGCUAAGUAUUGUGUCGCCAGAUUUCAGAAGUCACUGCUCCCUCUGGGGUGCUGGACUGUCCCUCCUGAGCCAAGAAGGUCAGAGCGAGUCCCUCCUAUCUUAAAGUCUUGUCACCAAUCUAAGAAUUCAGUUAAUUAACUAAAGCCUUGUUAGUGGGGGGUUCAUUUACAAACAGCAGUUUCCUCAGAAACUUCAGUCUAAAGGCACAAGACUCUGGCUUUGAAAUGAUCUGUAGUCCCGGUCACUGGUUUGAGCUCCCCAUCAAAUCUAGAGAUACAGGCUUUUGAAAAAUUAAAUUCCAUAGUUCUCUGUCAUUUUAAGCCGAUAGUUUUGACUCAUCUAGGGAUAAAACAUGUUAAAUGGUUUCCAGGGGAUCAAGUACAUAUAUUUUCUGAAUGUUCUGAUACAGGGUCAUGAACAACUAUAAAGUUUUCGUUUGAAAUAUGAUAGUAUAUGAGAUAACAGAAGAGCCUUUAACUCACCAUCAGGUAAAGGAGCUCUCUUCCUGAACCCUUUUCCUCACUCAGGUUUGAAAUGCCUCAUCUGUAAUGCUACCUGUGAUUGAUUAUUACUGUUGGUUUUCAGGUUCAGUCAAGAAUCAUGUGGAAAACAUUAUCCUAAUUCCUUCUCUCCUUUCCUAAACAGCAUAUUUUACUGAGAAAUUUCAUAUUAAAAACUCCACUAACAUCCUUUACUGAAAUGAUUGUCCCAUAAAUGAAUUUUUUUUUAAUUUAGUCAAGCUGAAUUAUUUCCAUUUAGCUAUGUUUAAGAGCAAGUAAAGUCUGGAGAAAGGAACCCAGUUCACCAUGACUCUGGUGUACCCUUUUCCCUUAAUAAUGAGAAGUGUCCUGAAAUCCCCUGAAGAAAGCUGCUUUGUAAUCAAAGUGAUGGAUUAUAAGAAAGCCAGACUUUGGGUAAGGAUAAUUGGAAUAGAGAGGUGUUUGAAGAUCUCCUAAACGACUUUAUGCCAUUUAGCUUGUAUUUCUGAAAGGCCUGCUUUGGUGCCUUGCACUGAGAUCUAUCAGUUGACUGAAAGAUGAUCAUGCUUUCUUGGUAAAUAUUUUUAAGCAACUGGCAACCACAAAGGCAUUCUUUCCUUAUCAUUCUAGAUCAUGCACUGAUGCUGACAUUACAAAAAGGGGUCUCAAAGGGAAACAGUCACAGCCUUUUCUUUAAAAUACACGGUAUCCCAAGCAAUCAUUUGUCGCAAUCAACUACUUUUAUGUGUUCCCUGUCAUGACAGAUGCUGUCAGCAUCGCCUAUGAUUUCUAAGAACUCUGAACCAAAUUGUUAUUUGUUAUGUCCUGCUGAAUGGUUUUCCCUUAAAAAUACCGUAUUUCCACCACCCUGUGGCACUGAGUGUGUUGCCUGAUACAGAGGAUCCUGAGCUAUUGUUCCUGAAAUAGCUCAGUUCUUGUGUUUUUAUAUUAUGUAACCAUUUUGUGAUGCUUUUGUGCAUUCUUUGUCUUCUCUUCCAAAUUUUGAAAUCUGUCAUAAAUAAACUUUUUCACUAUGCACCUGAAA